AUGGGUCGUAUUCGUAAAGACGAGAUUCCAUCUGUUACAUUAUCAGAAGACGAUUAUAAAAAAUAUUGUCAAAAAUUACCAGAUUCCUUAAAACGGGGGCUUGAAUCAAAGAUGGUGAAAAAGGUCGAGGGCAAAUUAAUAGCAGAAUCGAGUUCACAUCAAGAUCAACAGACUCCAAAUCAGAACCUAAUUAUACUCGAUAAUGAAUCCUUAAUUAAAGAAUAUCAAUCGAGUAAUUAUUCGGAAUCAACGAAUUACACUCAAACUUUAGUUCAUCAAACUCCUGAAGAAUAUAUUUCGAAUUCAAAUCAAAUAAUUAAUCAAACUUUGAAAGAAAAUUACCUGGAUCAAACUCCAAAUCAGCAUCAGCACUAA